AUGGGAUGUCAUUAUACUAAAACUUAGGAGAUAAAACAAUCUAGAUAAAUAAAACCUAAAUUCAUCAUUUAAAAAAAGGAACCAAACACUUUAUCUUAAGUUACAACUGAUUAGAUAAUAGAAGACUUGGAAGAUAUUAAACCACCAAAAUUGUGUUAUAUAAGUAAUACUAAUAGAGGAGGAGGAAUAAAUAAAAAUCAUCAGAUUGAAAGGGAAAUAGGAGGAAAGAAAGAAAUAUUUUCUUAAUUAUAUAUACGUCCUUACGAAAAAAAAUGA